CGCUCCCCGCUCCUCAGUUCCGGUGGCGGCGGCGGCGGCAGCAGGCACUUCUGCAGAGCAGGGCUGAGUGUGAGCCAGGUCCUGGAGUCGGAGGGACUGCAGUGAAUCCUCUUUUCUUCCCUCCCUUCCUUGCUGCCAGUGUGGCAGGACGGGAUCUGCAGUGAGGUGCAGAGAGCUGCGGCGCAGCCCGGAGCUCCCGCUGUUCCCUGGAGAGCCAUCGACUUAGAGGGAUAAAAAAGGCUCUGAAUCAAUCCCAGGGCCGUGCUGCUGCCUGGAGACCACCAUGACAGACUCCAAGUACUUCACCACCACCAAGAAAGGGGAGAUAUUUGAGCUGAAGGCUGAGCUGAACAGUGACAAGAAGGAGAAGAAGAAGGAGGCUGUGAAGAAGGUGAUCGCCUCCAUGACUGUGGGCAAGGACGUCAGCGCUCUCUUCCCGGACGUGGUGAACUGCAUGCAGACAGACAACCUGGAGCUGAAGAAGCUGGUCUACCUCUACCUGAUGAACUAUGCCAAGAGCCAGCCAGACAUGGCCAUCAUGGCUGUGAACACCUUUGUGAAGGACUGUGAGGACCCGAACCCGCUGAUCCGGGCGCUGGCCGUGCGCACCAUGGGCUGCAUCCGCGUGGACAAGAUCACCGAGUACCUGUGCGAGCCCCUGCGCAAGUGCCUCAAGGACGAGGACCCCUACGUGCGCAAGACGGCCGCCGUCUGCGUGGCCAAGCUGCACGACAUCAACGCCCAGCUGGUGGAGGACCAGGGCUUCCUGGACACCCUCAAGGAUCUCAUCUCAGACUCCAACCCCAUGGUGGUGGCCAACGCGGUGGCGGCGCUGUCGGAAAUCGCGGAGUCCCAUCCCAGCAGCAACCUCCUGGACCUCAACCCCCAGUCCAUCAACAAGCUGCUCACAGCCCUCAACGAGUGCACUGAGUGGGGCCAGAUCUUCAUCCUGGACUGCCUGGCAAACUACAUGCCCAAGGAUGACCGGGAAGCACAGAGCAUCUGCGAGCGGGUGACACCGCGGCUGUCCCACGCCAACUCUGCCGUGGUGCUGUCGGCUGUCAAGGUGCUGAUGAAGUUCAUGGAGAUGCUGUCCAAGGACCUGGAUUAUUAUGGCACUCUCCUGAAGAAGCUGGCCCCACCACUGGUCACUCUGCUGUCUGCAGAGCCCGAGCUGCAGUACGUGGCCCUCCGCAACAUCAACCUCAUCGUGCAGAAGAGGCCCGAGAUCCUGAAGCACGAGAUGAAGGUGUUCUUUGUCAAGUACAACGACCCCAUCUACGUCAAACUGGAGAAACUGGACAUCAUGAUCCGCCUGGCCUCCCAGGCCAACAUAGCCCAGGAGGCAGUGGCAGGUUUGGGGUGGGAGGGGGGCUGUCCCUGUGUGACCCAGUCCCUCUGGCAGCAAUCUGCAGAGCGCUGUGUGAGCACCCUGCUGGACCUCAUCCAGACCAAGGUGAACUACGUGGUGCAGGAGGCCAUCGUGGUCAUCAAGGACAUCUUCCGCAAGUACCCCAACAAGUACGAGAGCGUGAUUGCCACGCUCUGUGAGAACCUGGACUCCCUGGACGAGCCCGAGGCCAGGGCUGCCAUGAUCUGGAUCGUGGGCGAAUACGCCGAGCGCAUCGACAACGCCGACGAGCUGCUGGAGAGCUUCCUGGAGGGCUUCCAUGAUGAGAGCACCCAGGUCCAGCUGCAGCUGCUGACAGCCAUCGUGAAGCUGUUCCUGAAGAAGCCCACGGAGACACAGGAGUUGGUGCAGCAGGUGCUGAGCUUGGCCACACAGGACUCGGACAACCCCGACCUGCGGGACCGCGGGUACAUCUACUGGCGCCUGCUCUCCACGGACCCGGUGGCCGCCAAGGAGGUGGUGCUGGCCGAGAAGCCGCUCAUCUCGGAGGAGACGGAUCUGAUCGAGCCCACGCUGCUGGACGAGCUCAUCUGCUACAUCGGCACCCUGGCCUCGGUGUACCACAAACCGCCCAGCGCCUUCGUGGAGGGCAGCAGGGGCGUCGUGCACAAGAGCCUGCCCCCGCGCAGCGACUCGGGUGAGAGUCCUGAGAGCCCGGACACAGCCCCGUCAGGAGGGCCAACAGGAGAUCAGCCCUCUGUCAUCCCCACCCAGGGGGACCUGCUGGGGGACCUGCUCAACCUGGACCUGGGUCCCCCCGUGAGCGGGCCCCCCAUGGCCACCUCCGCCGUGCAGAUGGGCGCCGUGGACCUCCUUGGGGGAGGCCUGGACAGGCUGAUGGGGGACGAGUCUGAAGGGCUGCGCAGCGAUGUGGGAGGCAGCCCUGCUAUGGGUGGCAGCAGUGGCAGCUUCACAGCAGCUCCCAGCACCACAGCACCCACAAACAUGGGGGCACCCCUCGGCAGCGGCCUGGGCGACCUCUUCGACCUCACGGGUGGCGUGGGGACCCUCUCAGGAUCCUACGUGGCCCCCAAAACGGUGUGGCUCCCUGCCAUGAAAGCCAAGGGGCUGGAGAUCUCUGGCACCUUCAGCCGCCAGGUGGGCUCCAUCUCCAUGGACCUGGUGCUGACCAACAAAGCCCUGCAGGUCAUGUCUGACUUUGCCAUCCAGUUCAACCGCAACAGCUUCGGCCUGGCCCCAGCAGCUCCUCUGCAGGUUCAUGCACCUCUGGCUCCCAACCAGUCCGUGGAGAUCUCCCUGCCUCUCAACACCGUGGGCUCUGUCAUGAAGAUGGAGCCCCUCAACAACCUCCAGGUGGCAGUGAAGAACAACAUUGACGUCUUCUACUUCAGCACCCUGUACCCCCUGCACAUCCUGUUCGUGGAGGACGGCAAGAUGGAGAGACAGACGUUCCUGGCCACCUGGAAGGACAUUCCCAACGAGAACGAGACCCAGUUCCAGAUCAAAGACUGUUCCCUCAACGCAGAUGCUGUGAGCAGCAAACUCCAAGGCAGCAACAUCUUCACCAUUGCCAAGAGGAACGUGGAGGGCCAGGACAUGCUCUACCAGUCCCUGAAGCUCACCAACGGCAUCUGGGUGCUGGCAGAGCUGCGGAUCCAGCCCAGCAACCCCAGCUUCACGUUAUCCCUGAAAUGCCGAGCACCAGAGGUGUCCCAGUACAUCUACCAAGCCUAUGAGACCAUCCUGAAGAACUGAGGUGCUGCUGCAGCCCCUCUUCCUCCUCAUCCUCCUCCUCCUCCCGUCCCUUUCCCGCCCGAGGGAGCAGGGCUGGAUCCGUGUGCAUGUCCCUUUCCCCCCUGCCCAGGACCCAGCCCCUGGGCUUCUCCCUGUCCUGGGGGAGCAGAGGGGGCAGGGGGCUGUCCCCAGUCCUGCAUCCCUGCAGCAAUCCAUGUGUGAGUGAUGCCCUGUGCUCCUCCUGGUGCUGCUCCCUCCACAUCCCAGAAACCCCAGCUCCUGCUCCUGGCUCUCAUGGAGUGCUGGCUGGUGGUGGGUUCAGCAUUCCAAACCCUGGGAAUAGCUGCUGGGGGGCCCAGAGUGCUGUGGGAUUGGCUGCAGAUCCCCCUGGAGCCCUGGGAUUUGGGGCUGGAGCAGGUGGGAAGCAGCUUUGGCUCUCCCUGGUUCAGCAGAGCUGUGGGUGAGCCCUUCCCAGAGGAUCUCCUCCCCAUGGGAGCCCUUCCCAAAGCUCCCAGAAGGGCUUGAGGAUCCCACAUUUGAGGCUGUACUUAAGGUGCAGGUUCAAAAGGGCUUCUCCAGCCCCUGCCACGGGGCCAGGAGGGCUCUGAGUGUCCCCUGUCCCCCAGCCCAGCCCCACGGCUCCCUCUGCUCCCCCCUGGGUGCUCCCCUGGGGCUCCCACUGCUCCUGUCCCCCCCAAAUCAAGCCAUGGGUCCCCCCCUCCCUGGAAGCAGGAAAUCUCUAAUAUAUGAAAGAUAAAUAUAUUGUAAUGUUCACUG